AUUGAGUGAAUCAUAGAAAAGGGGAGAAAGAGAGAAACCUUCCCGCCUGCUCCUUUCCUGCACCUGGUUAAUUCCCUUCUCUUCCCCUCCCGGCUGUUGGCUGUCUGCCCUACUUACGUUGCGAAUGGACCUCACCAAAGCCCGUCGAUGUUUUUCUCCCUCUCACAGGACGUAAAGACGCAUGCACACCCCAUCACCGGUUUAUGCGUAACCCUGUUCUAAGACUGCUACCAAUUUCCCGGCCGCAGCUGUCUUUUUCUUCAAUGAUUUGCAUCUGCACACCAUGCCAUCAUCAUCUUGGGACCUCCUCCUCCUCCUUUUCCACACCAUUGCGGGGAACGGCGAUACCGCAGAAGUUGCAAGUGCUGAUACACGAGCGGACAUCGACAUUUGACCUAUUGAAGGAGCAGGCUGACGUGGCGGACGCGAGUAGUCUGGGAACGAAACUCGUGGACGAGCCCCGAUUGCGGGGCAAUUUCCAUCUCUGGUGGAGCCUACUGGGGUUUAAGAGGAGGGUGUACUCGGACACUGGUGUCAAGGAUGUGUGGAAGGGGUUGCGGAUCCGGAAUAUAGACUUGCCAGUCCGGGGCUCGCACGCGACGCUCAUAUGGCAGAUAUUUCUCAAAACUGGCUUCCAGGAUGAGGACUUCCUGGAAGAGAUAUGGGAGUACAUUAAGAAUCUUGACUCACGCAACCGGCGAUGGGCGGGAGCAUACCAGUUUAUUAUAGGCCACUUUCUCGUUGCUGAUGGCUCCAGGGCGCGGAUAUGGCAUAGGAGAUUGUACCCACGCCAUGCGCCGUCCUCUUGGCCGGGUUUUGUGAGGAGUGUGCUGAAGCAGAGAGUUGGGGGGCAUAUUGAGUUGAGGGAGAUCCAUGCAGUUAUUGAGCGGCCAGCAGGACUGUAUGGAUCUAUUAUCCCGCUGUUAUGCUCUAUGGGCUUGUUCACUGAGGCGAUGAAGUGGCAUCGGCAUUGCAUUUCUUUCGAUGAUCUCCCUGGGAAUACCGCCACCGCAGAUAGGCUCAUUGAGUGGACAACGAAGUACGGGUCGUUGCAAGAUAUGUCUAUGUUGAUGCUCUCGUUUAUACAGAUGGGUGUGCGGGUUAAGGAGAGUUCUCUAAUAGCCUUGAUUAUAUCCCGGCCAAAGAAAUUCGAGGCUCUUGGGUUCAUUCUAGCACGGGCAAAUCGUGUUGACAGGAGCGCCAUGGGGGAUCGGUUCUGGGCGGUGGUAUUGGGACAGAUCCAGUUGGGGACUCCUGUUCUUUUUCAAUGCAUGCAGACGUUUGGCGAAGGAUUGAAUGUUGGGCGGAGGACUGUGGAGGCUUUGAAGAAGCGGGUGGACUGUAGCAAGGAGAAAGCACUGUCUCUUUUGGUGGAGUUUGGAAUGAAUGUCCAAGGUGUGGAGAUGGUGCCUGAUGCGGAGCCUUCGGUGCUGGUGGAUAGAUUGGUACGGCAGAUCGGUGCGAGGGGACUUUCGGGCAUGGAAGAACUGGAGUUUUUGCUCAAAGAGGCUCUGGACACUCGCAAUUGGGAGAUGUUUGACCAAGCGUUGUCUCUACCCUCUCCGAGUGGGCCUACGGCGAAGGUAUAUGAUUUAAUACUCCAGUCGCAAUUGAGGAGGGGAACACUGGGGGACGCAAUAAAUCUAUUGGACCAUAUGCGCAAAUCCUCGAUCAGCAUCUCCUCAGCGUCUCUCAGGCUCCUCGUCAAAGCAGUUCUGCCGCCUCGCAAGCGUGCUAAAAAUCCCAACACGAUGCCAGGCUUCACAAACGACAAUCUUAUAGGCCUAAUUGGAAUCCUAACUUCACUACUCCGCUCUGGCUCAACAAAUAUCGAGCCAACCCUCUGGCGUGAGAUCUUCAAAAGACUCGGCAUGAAGCGGCGACUAUCGGAUUUAGAAACUCUAGCCUUAGGCCUUGUAGAAUGGUACCAUCCGGCCCGCUCAACAAUAACCCGCCGUCGCUUUUCAACCUCGAACUUCAACCUCCCAGAAGCCCUGACAUCACAUCCUGAUCCCCAAUCAGCGCCAGAAAUCCUACCCCUAAGUCCCCCAAGUCCCCUCCGUCUGCUCUUCCCACCGCAGUUCAUCCAUGCAAUCAUCCAAUGGGGUUUCCUUACCUUCCGACCCCACUCCCCAAACCUCCACAAAUCAAUCCCACCACCCCCACCCCCAGAAGUCCGCCAAUUACCCCGAAAACUCUCCGAGUUCGCUCCUUGCGUCGCAACUUUCACUUGGGGCAUAGCCUUUGCGCGGGAUUUGAAGGCUUUGGGUGUACACGUGGACACCCGCUCUGUCCUCCGCGCUGUGCGCACGAGACUCAACAUUCUCUACAACGCGCCGGAAGCCAAUGGGCGGCCUGUCGUGCUGUCUGGGAGGAGGGUCAAUCGCAUGGCGGUAGCGCUGAAUCACCUCAGCCUGGCAGAGAUGGUUGACAUUACGGAGAGGACGUGGGGAGGCAGCUUGUGGCGGAGGGCCGGCUGGGAGAGGGGCGGAGAGGGGGGAAGGGAGUGGGAGAGGAAUAUGAAGAAGGAGGUCUUUAGCACGGGGAUUCCGAAAAGAGUUGUUGAGAGGUUGAAGAGGGGUGCUAGGGUUCGGCAAAUGUGGGGGGUUAUGCGGUUGAGAGCUGGGAGGGGGAGGGCUGGAAGGAGUUUUGUGGGGCGGGGAUGA